AUGUAGGUAAAACUAAUAUAAAACAAGCAUAAAUCAUCUCUAAAAGUAACAUUUCAAGUAUUAAAUAGUUGUUUAGGAUCUUUGUUUUUCGGAUACUCAUUAGGUGUUUUUUCACUUUCCGAAAAAACUUUAUUUAAUGUAUUACAGGUAUAACAAUCUUAAUAUGAUUUAUACAAAGCUUUAGUUUGUGCAUUAGUUCCUUUUGGAGCAAUUUUCGGUUCUUUUUUUUCCGCUAAUUUAUUAGGAGUAGUGUCUAGAAAAAACUCUCUUUUGCUACUUGAUGGAUUAGGAAUAGUAGCAACAUGUUUAACUUAAGUAAAAAAUGUACAUGUUUUAUUGGUUUCCAGAACAUUAACAGGAGUUGCAACAGGUUUAAAUAGUAGUAUAGUCCCUUAGUACAUAUCCGAGAUUUCUCCGAAUGAAUUAAGAGGGAAAAUGGGAACUAUAUUUAAUACAACAAUUGCUAUGGGAAUAAUUUUAAGCUCGAUUUUAGGUUAAUUUUUUAAUGAAAAAGGAGAAGAUAGUCCAUAAAAUUAUUGGAGGUUAGUUUAUUUAUUUCCUUUGAUUUUUUUUGUUUUGAGAUCUAUGGUUUUAAUUUUGUUUUUUAAUUACGAAACUCCUUUAUAUUAUUUUAUUUAUGAUAAAUAAGAAUAAGGACAAUAAGUAAUUUAAAAUAUGUAUAAGGAAGAAUAUUAAGAAUCAAUAAUUUAAGAAAUUCAAAAAUAGGCAUUUGAAAAAAGUAAAUAACAACAAAGCUAUGGAGAUAUGUUUUCAAUUAAAUAUAGAAAAAAAUUAUUAGUAGGUUGCUUACUUUAAUUUUUCUAAUAGUUUUCUGGAAUAAAUGCUGUAGUUAUGUAUUCUGGAACUAUUUUUUAACAAAUGAUUAGUAGUUUUGUACUUUAGAAUUUAAUAUCUUUGAUAUCUAAUGUAACUUUGCUAUUUGCUUCUAUUUUAAGUAGUUUUUUUGUGAAUUCUCUUGGGAGGAAAAAAAUACUUAUUUAUGGGUCAUUCUUUUGUGCUAUUUUUUAAGUUGCUUUAUGUAUUUUGUCUUCUAUUGAUAAAUGUUAACUUGUCUAGGUUAUACUUAUUUUCCUUUAUUAUUUAGCUUUCAAUUUCUCGUUAGGACCAAUUGUUUGGCUUUAUAAUUCUGAAAUUCUUCCAGAAAAAGGAAUUUCUAUUGCUACUAUGGUUAAUUGGAUAGGAGCUACUAUUAUUGUUGUCGCAUUACCUUUUUUAAGCUUGGUAUAUUUAUUUGGAUUUUAUGGUAUUAUUUGCAUUUUAGCGGGUACUUUUUCACAUUUCGUAAUUAGAGAAACAAAAGGAUUAAGUUAAUAAUAAAUUAGUACUUUUUAUGAGACAUAAGUAAAAUAUUAAACAGCUACUAGUGAAGAAUGA